UUUCUUUUAUUUGCAUUCUCUUGUUCCCUGGUUCAUCCAUUUAAUGUGAACCAAACAAAAUCACAAAGCGUUUUUGCGUUCUUCAUCUUCUUCUACCUUUCGCCAAUUCAGGAAUCCCCAAAACCCUAGAUCGAACGCUGCCACUACCGUUUCGCGAUUCUCGGUGGUGGAAAAUUUCCGGUCUCUGUUCCGAAAUUCGAAUAUCUGCUAUUUUUCCUUUCUCUCGCUCUGAUUUCGUUUGCAGUUUCUAGGGUUUCUGUGUUUCUGAUUUGGUAUUUCGGAAAUGGGAAGCAGAAAGGAAGAAGAGAGGAACGAGAAAAUUAUCAGAGGUCUCAUGAAGCUUCCGCCGAAUCGAAGAUGUAUCAACUGCAACAGCUUGGGACCACAAUAUGUAUGUACGAGUUUUUGGACUUUCAUUUGUAUGACAUGCAGUGGAAUACAUCGUGAAUUUACUCAUCGUGUGAAGUCUGUGUCAAUGGCAAAGUUCACUUCACAAGAAGUUGAUGCUCUUCAAAAUGGAGGUAACCAGCGUGCAAGGGAAUUAUAUUUGAAAAAUUGGGACUUCCAGAGACAGCGGCUGCCAGAUAACAGCAAUGUUGAUAAAAUAAGGGAAUUUAUAAGGAGUGUGUAUGUGGAUGGAAGAUAUGCUGGGACGAAGUCUUCGGAAAAGCCUCCAAGAGAUGCACAGAGUCCUGGAAUUCAUGAAGAUGAGAUUAGGCGUGCCAGUUCUUAUCAUUCAUAUUCUCAAAGUCCUCCAUAUGAUUAUCAAUAUGAGGAUCGGCGGUAUGGAAAACAAGUAGCUGCACUGACCAGGAAGCCUGGUUCAGAUAAAGCUCGCUAUAAAGGGAAGAUGUCUAGUAUUAUAUACAGUCCUGACCGCUUCAGUGAUCACGUGUAUGAUGACAGAUUUGCAAAUGAGAGAUCUGGUCCACGAAUUUCCGACUUUUCUGUGUCUAGUGGUGGCGAACAAUUGAAAUCUGAUGUUCAGUCUCCCAACUUUCAUAAGGAUAUCAAGAUUAGCAGUCCAUCCUAUCAGCGGCGUUCUGGUACAAGUUCAAGUGAAGAUGUGUGGUCCCAAGCAAGAAAUGCAUCUCUGGAAAUUAAUGCCAAUGCCAAGAGAGAUGUAGAUGGAAUUCGUCCUCCGCAGAGAACUGCGUCAGCUCAAUCAACAGACAACAAAUUUUCAUCCUUGAGAUCUUAUAAUUCUGGCAGUUUAGCUGAUUUUUUCUCAGAACCAGUCCAAGCUUCAGAACCACUUCAGAAUAGAGCAUUUGGCAUUCCACGACCACCUGGUCCUACAAGAUCUGUUAGCAUGGACUUCUCCAAGGCACCCCUGGAAUCAGCUUCAUCUGUUGAUCCUUUUCAGUUUCCAGCAGCACCAUCUGCAGCUCCGACAGUGGAUUUGUUUCAAUCAUCUGUUUCAUCUGCAGCUCCAUCUUUCAAUGAGAAUCAACUUACUCAAACAUCUCAACUUGCAUCUAUUGAUUUUUUUGCCGAUUUUUCAGAGCAGCCUUCUACUGUAACCUCAGAUGGGAAGGCACUGGGAUUAUCUGUCCCUAAAAACAAAGGAUGGGCAACUUUUGAUAUGCCUCAGAGCACCUCCUCUGCUGCACAAGUGGAAAUUCCAGCCACUGUACCCUCAAGUGCUAAAUCUAUAGAAGAAAGAUUUGAUCCAUUUUCAACCUCACAUGCAAACGUGCAACAAUGGCCAUCUUUUGAAAUUUCUAGUGUCAAUGCACCUUCGUCUGUUAUAUCUAAUUUAAGGCAUGAUGGUGUGUGGAAUGGAGAAGAACAAGUUUCUGCUAUAGCAGAAAACACUAAACCAUGGAAUGCAUUUGAAGAUUCUGGUGACCAUCAUCAUCUUGUGGAUGGCCUUAGUCAAGGAUUACAAUUGCACAAUUUUCCAUCAGCUGAUAAUCAUAUUUUGGGUUUAAUAGAGUCGGAGGGAUCCAAUGAAGAUGAAGUUAAAGGCAUUGCCCCUGUUGGUCGAUUUGAUAAUCAUGACAUCCCAUCACAUGUCAGUGGCUCAGCAUAUCCCCCACCCAUGCUUCCCCCAAUGGGAGAUAUUCAACAUAAUGAAACGAAAUCUAAAUCAACCAAUCCAUUUGAUUAUCCCUAUGAAACUGAUGUAGAUCACAACAAUAUGUUUCUGGAUAUGGGUUCUUUGCAAGCUGCACUGCCAGAUGCCCUGUUUCCAGCCACCUUCCAUGGUGGUAUAGCUGAAUCUUGGCUUCCUCAAAACCCGGUGACCUCAUGUAUAUCCUCUGCUGGAGAAGGUGGUUUGUCAUUCAUGGCUAUGCAAUCACCAAGUUCACAAAUACAGAACAUCCAGAAACCGGAACCAGUUGCUUCGAUAGGGGGAAAUCCUUUUGCAUAGGAUUAUGCUGUAGAAUGUACUAUUCCUUUUCACAUAGAAAUUUAUUGGUAGCCAGUGUAGUUGAUCGUGGAAGUAAUGUAAUGUUUUGUUAAGAGCAAAAUGUAGUUCAACUCCUAUGCAAAAGGUUCUUGAUGUUUAAUUUUAGUGAUCUUUCUGGCUGGUAUUGAACUUCAGUUGAGAGACUAUUGAGGGUAUUCCACUUUGUUCAUAAUUCUAAUAUAAUUGUAAUUAUGAGAGCUUCUGAUGGACACGCACGUCCAAUUUAUGUAUAAUGCGGAUUACAUAUGUUUUUUUUUUUUUCCGGUUUUAUUAUAGAACAUUGAAGCUCCAGAAAUAAUAAAGGUCGAUAAGUGGUAGUAACUUAUGUUCUUU